UAUAAUAUGUUACUACAUAUUGAUAAUCAAAGUUUACAUAACUGUAUAGUCCGAUGUGUGUGUUGAUUGUAUCAGCAGAUACAAAUAAUCUAUAUAUCUAACAAAAAAAUAUAAGCCCCAUAUUCAGAACGCGCUUAUAAUGUUAGCGCGCUAACAAGUUUUGAAAAAAUUUAACGGAAACUAUAUAUGCUAAAUGCGCUAAUAUCGUUGUAAGUGCGUUUUGAACACGGGCCAUAUUCUGGUGCUAUCGAUUUAUAUGCAUUCUUACGUGCAUUUCCUAUAAUUUAAAAGGAAAAGAAAUCAAUGAUUUUAUUAAAUAAAGUUUCCGAAUAAUAUUGUCUGCUGUCUGCUUAAUGAAGAUUCAUUAAUUACGUUUGCAGGAUAACUUAUAUAAACAUUUAACCACUGUUGAGUGUAACACAAGUAUUCGAAGAAUAUAAAAUAUACAUUAUUGAUCAACUUGUUGACAUUUAUUCUUCCAUACAUUUUCUGUUGCUAUGACGUAUCGUUUGAUCAAUAUUGGAUACUCAAACGGUUACUUGAGUAUGACAGAUACUUCAUUCUGCUUUUUGCAAGAGAAGAGAUAAUAUAAGACAAACGUUCUAAGUGCAGCGUAUAAAUAAGCUGCAAUUAAAAGUACAAUGCAAAUUAUGGUGCAAACGGAAAGAAGCAUGAAACGUCCGGACCAUACUUACACUGUGUGCAGCAGUAACAAUCAUGUUAGAUUAUCAAAUUCUCUGAAAACCAAUCUGUUUAGGACAUCCGAACAUUCUGAAAGUUUGGAUAACACAGAGUCUCAAGAUUAUGGAGAUAGCCUUUUUAAAAAAUACAAGUUAUACAGUUACUCCUUAAAUCUUGGAAGAAUGGCUGUACAAGGUAAAACGGUCGAAAUCAUCGGCGCACAUACGUACAAGCAUUUUCGAAGAUCGAUAUCUUCAUUACCCCUCAUACCGAAGGUACAGCCCGCAGACAUUCCACGUUGUUUGGACCGCAAGGCCCUAAAUGGAAUUCUGCAAAGUGCACAGAGACGAUACUACACUGGAAAAUCCCCUAAAUCGGAGCCGUAUAAAAACGCAGAGACGCAGACGGAUUACAGAGAUAGCGAGGCGCAAACUGAACCCUGGGAGCCACCAUGCAAAAUUGUACCAGGUCACAUACCUGAAGUAUUGACGUUGGCUCAUCUUACUUGGGAACAUGGGCUACCCGCGGGUGUUCACGAGGUGCACGUUAUCAACAGAAUGCGGAUGAAGAGAGCUUGGGAAGCCGUUCUACCGCCGAUGGAUACGCCGGCCAACAUAAAGAUGCGGAAUUCGAUACUAACGGCCUUAGAUAUAGACGAAUGGGCAUUUCGGGAAUCGGAGAUUCAAUUCAUAAUGGAUUUACGUCUGGACUUAAUGAGGAAGCUCCUGCAGAGCCGUGAGACGGAAUACGUGAAGAAAGUGCAGGGUCGUUUCGGUAGACUCGAGAGCAGACUGGGGAAAUGUCGGGACAAUCAAAUCAAGGCUAUCAGGCAUAAUCUUAAACGAGAUUUGCGAAAAUUACAUAGGAGACAUCGCUACGAGCAGCAACCUCGUAAACCCGACAUAAUUGAACGACAUAUCGAUCCCAAGUCUGACCUGUAUGUGCCGCAAAUGCGUCUCGGCGAGCAUCCCCAGAGACGGCACGAAAUCUUGCAGAAGCAAAUCCUAAGCGAAAGUCUCAUCACUCGCAUGGAGCGAGAAGAAGAUACAACGCUCAGUUGGCUACCAACUAUCGAGGAACCGAAAACAGUUAAACGUGGACCUAAACCGAUAGACAUUUGUAUACGGGAAACCAGAUGGACGGAGGAGAAACUGAAACAGCUUCACUCCGAUUUGAAGGCCAUUCGAAUGAGAGUUAAAUCUGUAGACAAGGGUCCGAGAUUAGUGAGGCGUAAGUACAAGCUGCCGGAUUUGCCUGUCACACCGCGCAGAUCGGGCACAUGGGACAGUAAGCAGAAACAACGGGAAGAAUCUGCCACAUUUAUUCAGAAGCUCGUUAAAGGCAGAGCGAUACAAUGUCUGAUGUACGAAGGGCGCGAUAGAUGCAGGGAGCUGAUCGAGGAAUUACAAUCGACUCAAGCGCUCGAAGAUCAUGAGGAUCACGAUGAAGAGCCACGUGUGAUCGAUUUGCAGCAAAUGGAGGAUCGAUCAAUGCAGGAAGAUCGUUUGUGCGAGAUUCUCGAUUCCUUAGAGGGGAAGACAGUCUGUGGGACAUUAGAUUUUCUCAGCAAAGAGCUGGUGAGAUUGGAGGACGAACGUAGAGCUCACGCUUUCGCCUUGCUUGCCGAAAGAGAAAGAUGUAUGAGAGAAGCCGCCGAAGCUGGCAGGCGGCAAGCGGAACGUAAUCGACGACGAGAAUUCGACGAGAUGUUCAAGCAAAUCGUGAAAGUAAAUCAGGACUCGGUGGAGGCUUACUUAGAGGACAUCGUAAGGGAAGAGAUCGAUUGGAUAUCGGAUAAAACGGCUAAAGACCGUAUCUUAGAAGUAUGCGAAAAGAUGGAUGCCAUAUCGAAACAUGCCGCAGAAAACACCGACAAGUUGGCAGAUGAGGAACUGGUGGCGGAUAUGAUAUACAAUUUUGUCUUACCCGAGGUCGAAAAGCACAACGUGAGAAAAAAAAUUCGCGGCCAACAACAAGAUUAUAUGCGGAAUGCAUGUAUAGCAAUUUACGAGAAAAUUUCCGAGUUACCAUCCGACGAAUCAUCGCAAGUAACGAAUCAAGAAAUUUACAUAAAAAAUGAGGAUACAGAAGAAAUCUGCGAGGCUGAGGAUACGGAACAAAAUAUCGAGGUAGAAGAAAUAGAACUUUCAAUGCAUAAACCGGAUAUUGAAAAUGAAAGGCGAGCAGGAUCAGAAACGAAUUCAGAAAUAGAUUCACAAAUCGAUUCUUUAAUGGAAGCUCAAUAACGUCAGAAAUCAAAGGUCCAUAAAACCCAUAAAUUCAUGAAUAUAAAUUGGUAAUAAAAUAUGAAGUCAAAUCGUA